AUGGAUAAAUUAAGGGCAUUUCUAAAUGGUCGCGAUGAAAAUACUGAUAAUCGCAACAUACUUCAGGCAGCGAAUGAAGCUUCCACGUUGGGAUGGGGCACACGUGUGAAAGGAUUCGUUGCUUGUAUGGUCAUAGGAUUGGUUUGCUCCGUUCUGGGAGUGUGUUGUCUGUUCAUUCCCAAGAUAGGCCUGAUUCUCUUCAUUGUGUUUUACACAUUUGGGAAUAUUUGCUGUUUAUUCAGCACUAUGUUUCUGAUGGGACCAAUGAAACAGCUGAAGAGGAUGUGUGAUAAAACUAGAGCCUUUGCAACAACUGUCAUGAUAACAUGCCUGGUGCUUACACUAUGUGCAUCUUUUUGGUGGAAGAUAUUUGCACUGAGUUUGCUGUUCGUUAUUUUGCAAGCCCUCGCAUUUACUUGGUAUGGACUGUCAUACAUCCCAUUUGCAAGGGAUGCCAUACUGAAGUUUUUUUCCAUGGCAUGCACCAUGUGCAUGAAGUGA